AGAUAGUAUGAAGAAAAUUAAUGAUUAACAAGGACAUUUUAGCUUUACUUUAAAUGCCUGCCCAAGGUUGGAGGGGUAACUCAAUAGGUAGAUUAAAUGAAGGGAGAAAGUUUCAGAUAUAAGAGGCUGCUGGCGUUAGCAGCCAGCUAAACAAAACACCUCAACAAAGCUGUCACCCUAUCAAGAUCUGAAAUCUCUCAUCUAAUGACACUAAACCGGUACUCUUAAUGCAGGGUUCAAUUAUCAUCCCUCUUGGCAAGCCCGGUCUGCAACAAACAAACAACAAUGCACAGACUGUCAAACUCCUUUCAAAUGUUGAAAAGCUCAGGCUGCUAACCAAGGCAGAGAAAGCAGGACUGCUCUCACUAGCAGAGAGAUUUGGCCUCUCACUCUCAACUGUGGAGAGGCUGGGUCUUCUUUCAAAGGCAGAAGAGCUUGGAGUUUUAUCAGCAGCCACAGACCAAGGCACCCCAAGCGCCUUCCUGACACUUAGCCUUGUGCUUUUAUUCCUGGGGCCUGCUUUUGUCUAUCUUGUGCCCGAGGACAAUGCCUUGGAGGUAGUCUUACAGGUUUUGGUGGCCAUAGUGUGUGUCGUUGGCGGAUCCGCUUCCUUCGCUGCUUCAAAUUUCUUGUCAAACUUGCAGAGAUCCAAUUGAGUUUUGCGAGUCUUGUGCAUCUGACGAUGGUCAUUUUGGUGCAAAUGUUAGCUUGUUACUUGCUCGGAUUCCUUUUGAACUCUAUGUAUUAGGCAAUAACAAGCAUGUCAGCUUCUGGGGAGAACUUUGCAUGGUUAGUAGGUAUUUGCUAAAUUCUUCUUAAGAAAUUCAGGUUGUAUGUAUGUAUGUAUGUAUGUAUGUAUGUAUGUAUGGAAACUUUUGGAGUAACAAACAAUAAUUCAGCUCUACAAAUUGAAUGCAAUAAUUUUCAGCCAAAAAGGAGGCUUGCUACCUGAUAAA